AUGUCAUUGUCAAUACCCGCCAAUUUCAUACGCUGUCCACCAUGCUUAGAGAGAGGUGAAAUUUCCCUAACUGACCCUGGGAAGUUUUUUCCUUCUAUUCAUCAAGCUACCUACGGCUACACGUUUCCAGCCACCACAAUGGAUCCAGGGCAUCUGGCCGCGCCACUGUCUUUUGCUCGCGAGGCGUGCAACCACUUGAGGCACCAAAAAACGCUACAGUCCUUUUCUCUUGAAAGAUGUACUGAAUUGAGAGCGUCCGGCAGGGCUGCGAUAGUUUUUAUCGAUAGUGGGCUUAAAUCGAUCUACAAGGACCAGGUGGAUCCAGGAGUUAUUAAGACCGCCAGUUUUUGCUUCUAUGUAUUCAGCUUGAUAUGCAACUCGUUGGUUCAUCAACAGGAGGUGAUUCGUCCCGAAUUAGUCUACAAGGUCAACAACAUUUGCAGUUUCAUCAGGAACUUCUUCCUUAAGUCAAAUUUAUAUCGCUCGCCUCUAUCUGAUGGGAACAUCAGAGAACAGUUCAAUCACUUCGAAACGACGUUCAACAGUCUCAGAGCAAUUCUUGGCCAAUCUGCCUGUGUAUACGAUAGACAUAUGACCUUAGGGACUACUAUGGAAGAUAAGAGGAUUACUACAGAGGCCGCUUUGGAAGCGCUCUGGGGUGUGGUUCAAGCCUACUCUCUGUUGCAUCGGGUCAACCCCCACCGUAGAUCAAAGGAGAGAUCGCAGGGCAUUCUUAAGACCCGUCAACAGCAACGAAGGUUGGAACAGAAACAUAGUUCCCGCGAGUGA